GUCUGCUCCGAAAGGAUCCCGAAAAUGACCUAAUAGCCGACUGGAUAUAAAAAGAAUAAAAGUGUAACCACUGUAUUCCCAACGAGAAGUGCAUUGUUUUAUCAUACAUCAUCCUUUGUUCCAUUUGCACAUGUUAAAAUAUCAAUAAAGUGUACGGUAUAUUAUUACUAGAGUAUUUGGGGAAAGGUUAAGGGUACAACGGAUAUGCCUGAUGCAGACAAAGUCACAAUGUCGAAAACAGCGGUAUUCAACGGAGACGCCGAUGGGUUUUACGAUCCAAACUUUACCAUGGACAUAAACAGAAAAAUGAGGGUACCCAAGAGCAUAAGGGUCAGUGGUGAUUAUUCGGACGACGACGCCAGCACCAAUGGCUCUGGCACCUGGAGUCAACCGAUACAGAAUGAUAAAUUCGAUAUGCACGUACCUGACAGGAUUCUCGUUGUUGGUCAAGAUCAACAUGUAGGCCUGAAAGCACCUCCAAUCGAAAUGGCCUUCGAGAAAUCAGUGACACAGCCCAUAACUCAUGGAAUGGUGAGAGUACAGACUCCACCGAGGGUUUUGACUCUGGGGGACCACUUCUUCCCAACUGUUGAUGACGGUGACUUGGAGAAUUUUGAAAAUACCUCUGAACUGAAUUCAACUUUUUCAAAACCCACGACUUAUGUUAAUGAGACACAAAUUGCCAGACGUGCUGCGAGGGAGCAAACUCCAAUAUACAGUUCCUUAGACGUCUCUCUUCCCCCAAGCGAAGAGAUUCAACAUCUUCGUCGCCAGGUCGGCAAACUCAAUCGUCGAGUGAUGGCAGUCGAAUUGGAGAUGGUCCAGCGUCAGCAGCGCGAUAAAAUACUCUACGCCAUAACAAUCGCCUACUUCUUCUUGAAGGCAUUCAAUUGGAUCAGUAGAAACUAAACUCAGACCCAGAAACGUUCCCCAUUCCUUUCCCAAGCGUUUUGGACGCCAAGUACUGUUCCCCGGAGGAAAAGGUCAGUCGAAAGUCGUGAAAAAAAAAACUCGAAUUAAGUGUACACAAUAUUUAUUUCAUUCGCCAUUGGUACAACCGUGUGAAUUUAAAUUAGAGGCCGUUGUUCUAAUUAUUCAGAUAGGAAUUGAAACAUCUUUUUCUUGAUUAAACUUCGUUUAGAAUGAGGAGUGAUGACGGAUUGAGAUGUCCUAGAAGAAAAGACGUAACGAGAAAACAAUUAAAGAAGCAAACUCGAGGAAAUGAUGAAGUAAAUGCGAUUGAGUACAAGUUGAGAAAAUUCAUUACGCUUAGGGAACUCAUAACACGUAUGAAAAAAACGUAUAAUAAACCCUAGCGCUUUCAUGCAAAAAUACAAUUGAAUUUCUAUUGAAACCCUAUUAGAAUUCUAUUGGAGUUCUGUUAAAAUACUAUUAAAUAAUUUUAUUGUUUUUUUGUGCUCAUUCCAUUAAAGAUUAUGUAACUUUACAGCAUAAUUUUUGAAGAGAAUAUUUUAUAGAAAAAAGUAGAUCGUGAUUUUUUUAUAGAAAUACUUGGGCAUACAUUUUUUCGUGUUUUCUGCAAUUUUUUUAUUUCUCCUACUGAAUUCCAAGGGAAACUUGCAGAAUUAAUGUCCAAGAAUUUUUUUCUAAAAAAAUUCAAACAGAAUGAGUUAUAUAUGAAAAUCAACAACUCUAGACUUUUUUCUAUAAAAAAAAACUGGAAAAACCCAGCAAAAUUGCAUAAUUUUAAUUUUUUUGCACUAAUUCAAAUUUUUUGACAGAAUUCUUACAAACCCUAACAGAAUUCUGAGAGAUUUCCUAUCGAAAUUCAAUAGAAUUGUGUAGAGAAAGCCCUAGGAUUUUCUAUUGAUUGUUUUCCCUGGUAAAAUUUUCUAGCAAGCAGCACAUCAAAUGUGUAUCUAUUGCAGAUGGACCGUUCGUUGUAUACAUCACUAUAAUUUUUUGACCCUGUAUCUAGUCACGGUUCUGUUGAAUUCGAGCAUUUGUUCCUUCUAAAUGCAACCCAAUUACUUUUUACCAGCUUGAAAUAGUAAAAUCGGUCGAUAUACGUCUCUUCUCCUAGAACACAACGAUUUGUAUAACUGUAAAAUUACAAAUGUGGGGAUAUGAAUGAAAUAUUUACUUCAACUGUUAGUUCCUAUGAACAUUGAUAAAGUAGACCAUGUAGAUUUAGUUUGAAAAUUUUUUGAAGGAAAUGUUGAUUAGUCAAGUUAUUACUGUUCAAACCAUGGAUACUUCUCAAUACGUUUGACGUGGCUUGUAUUAUGUACAUAACUACUGUGACUAUUUCCUCCUCGCCAUUUUAUAGUUCAACUAACUAUCGUCUGUAGCGUAUAAGUUUUAUUAUAUGCUCAUACAAUCCAAGUUCAUAACAGACAUUAUUUGAGAACACAACGGCAUCAGUCACGAUUUUAUGGAUUGAAACGGAUGGAGUUUGGGUAUGUGAUCAGAUGGCAUUCAUUUUUUUUCAAUUGAACACUCAUAUAGUUCAACUUGCAAUUAACAAUAUUGAAAUCUAUUUUUUUCCCAAUCGAAUUUAUGUUAAAAAAUCACGAAUAUUGAAAGAAGGAAUAGAAUAUGAUUCUAUUUCUUCUGCACGAAUUGGAAGUUUUUUUUUCUUUUGUUUUAAUUAUUCUCACAACACAAUCUAUUCGAAUUUUUUUGACAUUGAUUUUCUUCUUGAUUACGAUAAUAGUGAGAACAAUGAUGAUGAAAUACCAAGUGAAAUGGUGUUUAUAAAUUUUUUGCAAACGUGAUUAGGCGUCUGUAUGUUACUAUAUAUUUUUAUCAUAUGGUAUAUAAGGAUUGAAUAAACGAUUCCCUAAAUGAAGAUAUUUU